AGGAGAUUCAAUAGCUCUCGACUCGGACAUCACGAGAGUUCUACGACUGCUCAACAACGUGGUCUACGUUAAAUGGACCAAUUAGAAGUGAAAGAAGUAUGCUCCACUUCCGGUGAAAGUUUCUCUUCUUCGGACGGAGAUGAUGAUGAUGAUGAAUCUCGCAUAACGCGGACAGAAAUGGACGACCAGAACACAGUUGUCUUUGAUGUUGGAAAACAGCAGAAAAAAAAGUUGAAACGUACGAAACGUGAACUGCGAGCAGAACAUGCAGUGAAGCAUGAAAGGGAUCGGAUGGGCAUGAUAUUGCCAGAUCCGGUACAGGAUCAACAGCGGGAACGCAAUUUUGUUCGUCUUGCAACAAAAGGUGUUGUCCAACUAUUUAAUGCAGUUGCCGAACGACAGAAAGAGCUAAACGAUAUAUCAGCAGCAAAUAUGACAAGGAAAAAACGCCGGUUACGUGGUAUUUCUACAGAAAGCUUCAACAAGACAUUAAGGGGAUCUAAAACAAUUAAGGAUGAGCUGGACAAUAAAAAAGAAGAUUGGCUAUCUGAUGGUCAGAUAUCAAUUAAAUCUGAAACAGAUGACGACUUAGAUACUUCCGGAGUAAAGACGGAACCAGAGAGUGAUUCGGAAUGAAGUGCUUGGGUAAUACUGUGUUAUAUGUUUGUUUCAGCCGAGGAAAUGGCAGUAAACUGAAUUUUUGAUUUUCUUGUAUACUUGUUCAAGUUCACCUCCUGAUGACAGUGAAUCUAUGCAUAAAUGGAGUUUAGGUGGAAAGAAAGUCAUAGCAGUUUACUACAUUUUACUGUUAUGAGUUCAAAGCAGAUAUAUAAAAAAAUUAUGUCUCUGUUUCUUUUUCAGUUACAUACUUUUGAUAUGAGAAAUAAAUUUCUUUUUGAACAGUUGAUUUAUGCAUCUUACUUUGUAUUCUGUGUUUUUAUUUUGGAAAUUGUGUCGGCUACAAAAAAUAGAGAUCUUCCGGGGAAUUUCUUCUUGAUAACAUUGUAGAGGUAACACUAGUGAAAAUAUCCAGUAAUUCUGAAACUGUUUUGGCGAGGUGCUUAAUGCACUAUCUCGACAGAUUUAUCCAAUUUUGCACCAAAACAGCAUUCUAGAACGUACUGUUUGCCAGUAAUAUCAUA